AUGUUUAAAUUACGAACUCAUACUGUCAAACAAUGGCUACUCCAAAGAUUUCGUAAAUCCGUCAAUAGUUAAUACAUCGUAGAUCCAUAGGAAGAAGAAUACAAAUAAGAACUAGCAGAACUCUUUGCUAAAUUUGAUCAGGAAGGAAAAGGAAGGAUUUAAAAAUUUGAAUUGCUUUCGCUUCUUAAUAAAUAUGGAAUCAGCAUCAAUGAACAGGAAUUGACAUGUUACAUCAAGUAAGCCAAUUGCAAAAGCGGUCGUUUUAUAACAACCGAAUAAUUCAAAUAGUGUGUUUUAUCUGAAAAAUCAAAACUAUUUAUCAGAAAACUAAUUCGUAACUCUAAUGAAAGAAAUCCCCAACAUUACUUUCCUACCGAAAUUACUAAAGUCUUAAAUUAAGUCCAUUACUUAAGUGAAAGAGGUAGGCUCUUAUCACAGAUUGAAGACAAAUAACUUCCUGUUGAAUAAAAAUUAAAGCCUCUCAGUAAACUAAUGAACCUCAGUCGUGAGAUCACCAUAACCGAACAAAGACCAUAAUCAAAAUGUCCAUUGAGAUUACCAAGAGCAAAAUCUACUUGUACUACAAAUUAUAACAGUAUAUCAACUGCAAUUACAAUACCUUCUUCAUCCAAUUCGAGGUUUGGAGAGAACCGUAUUUCUUUUAGGAGGCAUCCUACAUAAUAUUGCGAAUGA